AUGGACGUGCCCAUCUUCCAGCACUUCAGCCUCGCCAACAUCCACUACUUAAUAUCCUCGCUGCCCGACGUAAGUGAGUUCGCGCCUCUCCUUCGUACGUCUUUCUUCUCAGCUUCGUCUCUCCCUCUUGCCCCUGCUCCUCAGACUGCUUUCCGUUCCCACUUUCCCUUCGUUUCCGCCUCCCAUGCCCCGGGCUCGCACUCCCAUCCUUACCGCUCUCCUGUCGGGGGUCAGAAGCAGCGCGUGGCGAUCGCGCGGGCGAUUCUGCGGUAUCCGCAGGUGUUGCUGCUGGACGAGACGACGUCGGCUUUGGACGCGGUGAGCGAGCAGGCGGUGCAGGCUGCGUUCGAUGCGCUCAUGGGCGCGCGCACCACGCUCGUCGUCGCCCACCGCCUCUCCGUGCGCUGCGCGCACUGCAUCGUCGUGCUGCAGCGGGGACAUGUCGUGCAGACCGGGGCGCACGAGGCUCCAUUCACCGCGGCCGUUGGCGUGUGA